CUUCGUUACGCUCACUCACUCUUUCUUUCUCUAUUGACAGUGACAGGGCCUAAGUAAGAGGGGUCUGGGGCGUACCCUGGAGAGCUCCAUCCAUGAGCUCUGAACACCAUGACCUUUCAGAAGUCUUCGUCGACCUCUAGCAUAUUCCACAUGCUCAUAUUAUGGUUUGUCAUUGUCCUGUUCUGCGCUGAUGGUUUGAGAGCUGAGAUGGGGACGACACCUAACCUGAAACACAUUGUGAUUGGUCGAUGUUACAGCUACAUAACACUAGUUUGCCCUAAUUCCAGCUAUGACUGUGAGGAGAUCUGGAGGGAGUUUGAGGAGGCUGUAAUGAGGAAGUCUCGCUGUAAUGUGAAGAUUAAGGACUACAAAAGGAUGUUCCAUGCCACACCACAGACUCUGACAUGUGGUAAGUUGCUGUUCUGGAGUAAGACCAGGGAGCUGAUGCACAGCUAUGCAGCUGUAACACGUCGUUUCUGGACCCUGGAGGACACGCUGGUGGGAUACAUGUUCAAUGACCUCAUCUGGUGCGGACAGGAAAAGAAAGACACAGGCUUUGAUUUCAACUCUUGCCCAGACUGGUCAACGUGUGUAAACCAUCCUGUCUAUUCCUUGUGGAGACAAGCCUCACAAAACUUUGCUGCAGCGGCAUGUGGCAACAUCACAGUGCUGCUCAAUGGAUCCAUAGAGAAUGCUUUCAACAGGAAAAGCAUGUUUGGGGGUGUGGAGCUGGACAGCCUGAACCCCAGAAUGGUGGAUCAUGUCAAUAUCAAGGUGGUGGCCAACCUGGAGGGACCCUUCAUAGAAUCCUGCACUCAGGGUUCCAUUGUGGAUUUGAUCAAUGUCCUACAGACCAGAGGGUUCCGCUGGACCUGCACAGACAGUGACCUAACUCUGAUGAUCCUCCAGUGCAUCCAGAAUCCUCAACAGUUCUCCUGCCUGCCCUGUGCUAACAGUCUACUGCACAGACAGAGGCUACAUCUAUAGAUAGGUUACAUCCACCCUAAAAAUAUUACCCCCAUAGUAGGCUAUGUGUCACUUUUCAAUGCAUUAUACUCUAUCCAAGUUGUCUUUAGAUAUACACGCAUUUUGCUAUUUGUUUACUAUGUUUGUUGAUUUUAACUGAAAUAAAGACAGAUUAAUUCUAUUUAUGUGAUAAUGACAUCGUCAAAACUCUGCUCUCUGAUUGGUCCAUUCAUAAUGGUAUGGUCAUAACCCUGCUCUGUGAUUGGUCCUUUCAUAAUGACAUCAUAAUAACCCUGCUCUGAUUGGUCCUUUUAUAAUGACAUCAUCAUAACCCUGCUCUCUGAUUGAUCCCUAAUCUUGUUAACUUAUCAAACCCAGUUAUUCAUCUAUUGUGUACUUUGACAAUCAUGUUCUAUUUUAUCAUGUAUUCCAAAACCAGCACCACUUGUUCACCUGUAAAACGGUGUACACCCAGCUCAGAGCAGACUUGGGUUUUGUGCACACCAAACGAUCACAUUCACAUUGAUAAAUACCCAUCUUUGCGUGAAAAUGACCACAAGGCUAUUUUACAGUCGGAUUAGAUUGUACGGUUGGUUGAUAAACGAGGGACAGACAGAAAGAUUUUCCGCCGAUUUGGGCCUCUCGCUUCCUCUUACUCUCUGGUUUAGGUCAACGCUGAUUGGCUAUUAC